AUGUUUAAGGAUGUAGCCGGGACAGUGUCACGGUUUGUUGGGGACAUCUGGUGUGAGGUACCAUGGAUUGAAGAGGAUUUCGUAUUAACCACGUUUACAUUUAACCCAAAACUGGGUAUUGACAAUCCUGCCCUGUGCCUUGGGGAUGAUACAGAAACUGAAUCCCAGCCGGAACCUAGGUUCUGUGUUUUAAGAAAAGAUGCCAAUGGCAGUUAUGGCUUCCACCUUCGGAAGGAAGUGGAGAGAGAUGGUCACAUUGUACGCCUGGUGGUACCUGGGGGUUCUGCCUAUCUCGGGGGGCUGAGGGAUGGAGACCAACUGCUGCAGAUCAAUGGGGAGUAUGUGCAUGACCAGGAGCAUCUGAGGGUGGUGCAGAAGGUGAAGGCUAGUGUCUCACGUUUGUCCCUGUGUGUCCUGGAUGAGGCAGCUUAUGGGAGACUGCGGUCCAGUCACGCAUCUCCUGCCUCAAUACUUCCAAACCUGCUCCCAGAGACAUGUCCUCGGCCCAAGUUAUGUCAAAUCAAGAAUGCGGGACGGGGUUUUGGAUUCACUACCAGCGUCAUAGGAGGUGUACGGGGGACAUUCCUAAUGAACGUAGAGGAGGGGGGUCCUGCACACAGAGCAGGGGUCCCUAAUGGGGCUCGACUUCUGGAGGUGAAUGGGGAAAGCAUUACCAGCAUCACAAUGAGCCAGCUUAGUAAAAAGCUGCAGAAAAGUGCUGGCACUGUCGUCGUUUUAGUCCUAGAAACCUCUGCAUGGGAGACGUAUGAGUCUUGUGGAAUCACACCCACCUCAUCUCUGGCUGAUACUUCCUCUUUGCCUUAUCAGACACGGAAACUACACAUGGUCCGUUGUCCUGAGGGAUAUGGUUUUCUCCUUAGACAGGAGAAAUGUGUAAAUGGACAAGGUCAGUUUCUACGAGAGUUGGACCCUGGUCUCCCUGCAGAAUUAUCUGGGAUGCACGAAGGAGAUCGCCUGUUGGGAGUGAAUGGGCAAAGCAUUGAAGAUCUGGAGCAUGAAGACAUAGUCAGCCUUAUCCAAGAAAGUGGCAAUCAGGUUACUCUUAUUGUCAUCAGCAAUGAAGGGGACCGAUUCUACAGUGAGAUUGGACUCUCUCCUCUGCUCUUCUAUGAAGAUGACACAUCUGACCAAGUGACCACUGGACAACAAACAGCCCCAACAGGACAAACGGAUUACAAAUUACAACAGGAGAAGAAAGUGCUGAAAGAACAGACAGAGACCCAAAGACCCGAGAGGAAAGCACAGAGCAGCGAGGAAUGAAAAAGUGAACCUAACAGGACAUACAUUGCCUGUGAUAUUUGGGACUAUGAAUAGACAUCUUAUCCUGCCUGUUGUAUAUUUCUAAUUUGCUGAUAUGCUAUUUGCACAGCCUGCACUUUAUGGGAGUUUAAUUACUGCCCAGCAGUAAAUACAUGAGCACAGAUAGACUCACUGAUGAUAUAUAUAGCUAUUAGGGAACAAUGAAUCUAUGCACAUAAUACUUAGCAGGCACGCUCAUACAUAGAUGUAUAGACACCUGGAAACACAUGCAACUCACAGAAUUAACUACACUUAUUCCAGGCAUGACAGGAAUUAUCCACACUCCAGAGCACACCUAACUAUGUACCCGCUCCUAUCUGAGAACAAAGUACCUUCUACCUACAUUCCCUGAACUGAGCUCCAGGUCAAAGUUGGGCACAUUCUAAAUUACACUGCUAUUUACAGUCAGGCAAGCCGAAAAUUCUAUUUCUUCUCACAGCUGGGACAAACCGGAGCACACUCGCUUAAAGGGACAUGCCACCGACAUUUUUUCUUUUAUGAUUUAGAAAGAGAAUGCAAUGUUAAACAUCUUUCUAAUUUACUUAUAUUAUCUAAUUUGUUUUAUUCUCUUGAUAUUCUUUGAUGAAAAGCAUAUCUAGAUAUGCUCACUAGCUGCUGAUUGGUUGCUGCACAUAGAAGCAUCAUGUGAUUGGCUCACCAUGUGCAUUGCUUUUUCUUCAAAUAAGGAUAUUUAAAAAAUGAAGCAAAAUAAAUAAUGGAAGUAAAUUGUAAUGUUGUUUAAAUUUUUAUUCUCUAUCUGAAUCAUGAAAGAAAGAUUUUGGGUUUAGUGGCCCUUUAAGAAUAUCCUUCAUUUAUAUUCCCACUCACUAAUGGGCAUACCCUAACUUGCCUUACAAUCACAGGUACGCAUACCUAAAGUACACUGCCACACAAACACCCGGAAUUACGUUCCAAAUAAUUACUGGACGCACAGAAAGACAAACCAUGAAGUACACUCCUACUGACAGCUAAGCACACCGUGAAGUACACUCCUACUGACAGCUAAGCACACCGUGAAGUACACUCCUACUGACAGCUAAGCACACCGUGAAGUACACUCCUACUGACAGCUAAGCACACCGUGAAGUACACUCCUACUGACAGCUAAGCACACCGUGAAGUACACUCCUACUGACAGCUAAGCACACCGUGAAGUACACUCCUACUGACAGCUAAGCACACCGUGAAGUACACUCCUACUGACAGCUAAGCACACCGUGAAGUACACUCUUACUGACAGCUAAGCACACCGUGAAGUACACUCUUACUGACAGCUAAGCACACCGUGAAGUACACUCCUACUGACAGCUAAGCACACCGUGAAGUACACUCCUACUGACAGCUAAGCACACCGUGAAGUACACUCCUACUGACAGCUAAGCACACCGUGAAGUACACUCCUACUGACAGCUAAGCACACCGUGAAGUACACUCCUACUGACAGCUAAGCACACCGUGAAGUACACUCCUACUGACAGCUAAGCACACCGUGAAGUACACUCCUACUGACAGCUAAGCACACCGUGAAGUACACUCCUACUGACAGCUAAGCACACUGUGAAGUACACUCCUACUGACAGCAAAGCACACCGUGAAGUACACUCUCACUCACAGCUAGGUACGGCAUAAAGUAAACUCUCACUCACAGCUAGGUACGGCAUAAAGUACACUCUCACUCACAGCUAGGUACGGCAUAAAGUACACUCUCACUCACAGCUAGGUACGGCAUAAAGUACACUCUCACUCACAGCUAGGCACGGCAUAAAGUACACUCACAACUCGGCACAGCAUAAAGAAAACUCACAACUCGGCACAGCAUAAAGUACACUCACAACUCGGCACAGCAUAAAGUACACUCACAACUCGGCACAGCAUAAAGUACACUCACAACUCGGCACAGCAUAAAGUACACUCACAACUCGGCACAGCAUAAAGUACACUUACAACUCGGCACAGCAUAAAGUACACUUACAACUCGGCACAGCAUAAAGUACACUUUCAACUCGGCACAGCAUAAAGUACACUUUCAACUCGGCACAGCAUAAAGUACACUCACAACUCGGCACAGCAUAAAGUACACUCACAACUCGGCACAGCAUAAAGUACACUCACAACUCGGCACAGCAUAAAGUACACUUACAACUCGGCACAGCAUAAAGUACACUCACAACUCGGCACAGCAUAAAGUACACUUACAACUCGGCACAGCAUAAAGUACUUUCCCACUCACCACUAGGCAUUGCAUGAAUUACAUACUUUACCUGGGUGUUCACCUUCAGUAAAUUCACAAAACCAACACUUCUAGCUGUUUUCAACCACACUCAAAAAAUUGUAUUUUAAUGGGGUAUAAAACACAAUUAUAAACAUAGAGUGUAAUGCAGUAUUUACUUUCUGCUGUAUACUAUCUGCAUAUAAAACAUGUAAACUGUCAUUUAAUUGGCAUCAUUGUUUUAUAGUCCAGGGACUGAUUCUCAAUACAGUACUUGUAGGUGUCCGCAUGGUUCCUUGGAUCAGCUUUCCAGGGGGUUAAGGCCGCAAUCUUUGAGCAUCUGCUUGUACUGCUUAUGGAAGCACAAGGCCUGACCGGACCACUGCUGCUCAGCAACACUGAGUUUAGAGAGAAGCUGAUCCAGGCACGACUAUCAAAUAAAUGAGAGGAGAGAGUUAGAUGAAGCAGCUUAUGAUAGAGGGAGAGAGACAGAGAAGAUCUAGAGAGAGAGAGAGACAGAGAUACAGAGGUAGAUAGAGUGAGAAAAAAAAUAUGUGCAUGAAAGAGAAAGACAUCAAUAUACAGUAACGAUGUCCAAUACAGAAAGUAGUAUACAUAUAUAGAGAGAAAGACACAACGAUACAGUAACGAUGUCUAAUACAGAAAGUAAUAUACAUAUAUAGAGAGAAAGACACAACGAUACAGUAACAAUGUCUAAUACAGAAAGUAAUAUAUAUAUAUAUAUAUAUAGAAAGAGAGAGAGAGAGAGAGAAAGACACAACGAUACAGUAACAAUGUCUAAUACAGAAAGAGAGAGAGAGAGAGAAAGACACAACGAUACAGUAACAAUGUCUAAUACAGAAAGUAAUAUAUAUAUAUAUAUAUAUACAUAUAUAUAUAAUAAGUUUUAGGUGCUUUGGUGUACUUGUUAUUCUGACAUUUGACAAAGGCACAGUAAUGUGCCAAAACGUUAUGUUUGGAUUUUAAUUGAACUAAUAAAUGAUUUUUUUAUAAAAAA